GCCCGCAGCUCGCCCUGCGCAGCUCGGGGACUACAAGUCCCGGCAUGCAUGGCGCCGGCCGCGCGCGGGGGCGCCAGGAGGCUCCGCAUCCGAGGUCAUCCCUUGCGAGGGGUGCGAGCGCCCACCCGUGUUCCGGGGGGGGCUCCUGUGAGAAGACAUCUCUGAAUGUGUCUCCGGCUGCACCCAGGCGACUCACCGUCCCCGCGGCACCCGUGGCGGCCACAGCAGCAGGAACGGCUCCCUCAGCGGCUCGCUAUCGCGCUUCUGUCAAAAGGAGGCGGGUAGGCUCUGGAGAGGCGCCGAGGCCUGUGGCGUCAUGGCGAGGGGCGCGGUCAUGAGGAGCACACCGAGCCAGCUCCAAGCAGCACCAAGGCGGAUUGUGUCAGGCCCAUUCCUGGCUGCCAGGGGCUGCUUUCGUCUUCCUUGGUGCCCCCUUUUAGCCAAGGGUUGAUGAAGUCAGUGCUCGGAACAUUCAUCUCUGAUACCCAGACCUUUGCCUUUGCCAACAAGUUCCUGAUGAGGAGGCUUCAGAGUACCUGCUCUGCCUGGACGAGGGUUAGUCUCCCCUGCUCUUUUCUGGUGCAGGUGAUGUGCUUGAGUGGACUUCAGUUUGUUUCUGGAGAGAACAAAUUAGCUGCUGUAGCAAAGAGACUCCCAAUGUUAGUUCCUGUGGUUCCCAAAGAACUAUUUUCUCGCAGUUCUAGAGGCCAGGCAUCCGCAGUCAAGGUUUCGGCAGGGCCACACUGCCCCGGAAGGUUCUAGGGGAGGACCCUUCCUUGCCUCUUUUGGCUUCUUGUGGCCCCAGGUGCUCCUUGGCUUCCUUGGCUUAUGGCCACAUCCCUCAGUCUCUGCCUCUGUCUUCACACGGCAUCCCCUCUACUCUGUGUGUCUCUUAUAAGGACACCUGCCGUUGGAUUUAGGACCCACCUGGGUAAGCCAGGAUGAGCUCUUCUUAAGAUCCUUAACUUCAUUACUUCUGCAAAGACCCUUUUCCAAGGUCCUAUACACAGGUUCCAGGAUGUGGACAUAUCUUCUGGGGGAGCUCUAUUCAACCCACUACACCUUUCCAGCUCUUUGGGGUAAAAUCUGGGCAAGGUUUGCCCUUAGCAGACUGAAUCCCUGAGCAGGGCUUCAGUUGUGUGUUCUGAGUAAGCACGUGUGUGCCAGGAAUGUGGAAUAGCCAUGUUAGGGUGGACCAGGAGUCGGGGCCCCAGGCCAGGAGUGGGGGUCCUAGGCUAAGUUGAGGGCCUUCCCUAUGCAUUUCCCUUAGGAGAAUGGGAUGAGCGGACUGCCAUGCUCUUGUCUGAGAAUUGACAGAAGCAGGGCCUGACUACGCCAGGGACCCAGCUGGCCUCUCUGUCCUUGGCACCUGGCUUGGAUCUGUGUCCGUAAGACUUAGAGCGAGGCUGAGGCCCUGCUCAAACGGCCUGGGGUCUGGGUGAGCCCCUGCACAAGGGAAAAGCAGAGCACAGUUUGUGAGGGCAUUGUCACUCAGGCUUCCGAGGAGGCAGGACCACUUGUACUCUUCUCACCUCCUGGCUCUCCCCAGCCAGAAACUGGAAAGCCUGUGGGGCAUUUGCCAGGGUCCAGAAACCAACUUAGCUCUUCAGAUUCUUUUCUCUACAUCCUCUUUUCUCAAAACCUGGGCUUUUCCAUACUCGAAGAAACAAGUUUUUUCCUGAUACUAGGGACUUCUAGGGAGCAAGUGGCCUCUCCUUUGCUUUCCCUACAUGCCUCUUAGAAAGGUUCAUCAGUCUUACAUAACUGAAGAGCUUGAAUCGAAGAGCCAACCAUUCAUCUAUUCAAACUCUUGUGAAUUAUUAAUUGAGCACCUACUCUGGGCAAGGAUCACCUGAGAGCACCUGCCCCACUUCAGGCUCUCGGAAGCACACACACUUGCCCAUGUUCCUUGGUGUCCUAGCAACCAGCAGAGACUCCAACCUGACCUCCGGCUAGAACAGAUGCCAUUUUCUCCCCAACCACUGUGACUCACUGCUUGCUUGGGCCUCUAAGACCUGUCCUUGUAGCUUUCUGGGACCACGGAAAACCAACUCUUGCCCAGAGCCCCAACCCAGCCCCCACCACACACACACCUGCAGAAUGAGCUUCUCGCUCACUUUCACCGAGCUGGUCAACAUCGCCAUCCCACAGGGCGGGGUGGUGAACUUCCAAGCCCUGCACCUCCUGCUCCAUGGUAUCCUGGAGCACAUCCACAUGGGUGAGCUGAAGAAGAUCCUCACAGGGAAUGAGGACUUCCUCCAGACCUCACAGGGCAUGUUCAUGCCCAGGGAGGGGGAUGCCCAGCCCAUCCCGAGCCCCAUGAAGAAGCUCAGCAAUGUCUUUGACCAUGUGGUGAACCGCAUCGAGAAGAUAGAGUGUCAGCUGGCCGUGCUCCAGGAGCUGCCCUCCACUGCCCAGCUGCUGGAGGGCAGCCACGGGGCCAGCUGGCCAGCCCAGGAACUGUGGCAGCUCAUCAAGCUCCGGAAGAUGGUGGAGGGCAAUGAAGAAGCCACGGCAAAGUCCAUGAAGACUCUGCAGGAUCUGCUCACUGACAUUUACUCAUUCAAGACCACCCUCGAUGCUCUGCGAAAGGAUGUGGACAUGCUGAAAGAGGAAUUUGAGAAGAUGAACCCAGAAAAAGUGGAUGACCUCAUGAAGGAGUUGAGAGGGCAGAACCGCAAGAUGAGCACCUUACAGCGGGAAGUGAUUUCUGUCCAGAGCAAGAUGAGCUCCUUCCCCAAAAGUGAAGAUGUGGUGCUCUGGAGCAGCCUCCACGACGCCAUGUUCUCUUCGGCCAAGCUGUGGCAGACCUCGGAGCGGCUCCCAGAGGCACCUCUUCCCCAGACCACUGAGUACCUCGAGGCUGUGGGACCCAUCCAGGUGACGGAGCCCUUGCAGGCCCCUGAGCUCCUACAGACCGUCUGGCAUUAUGAGUCGUCCGGGAUGUUACCAGACGAGGAGUCUGCCCAAGCAGCUGGGCUCCCCAGGGCCCAGGAGCCAGCCCAGCCACAGGCACUGGAGCCUGAGCCUGGGGCUGCACCCGAGCCUGGGGCUGCACCUGAGCCUGGGGCUGCAACCGAGCCUGGGGCUGUGCCCGAGCCUGGGACUCUGCCAGAGCCCAGGCCUGCAGUGGGGUCUGCUCUGGCACUGGGGACUGUGCCAGCACUCAGGCCUGUGCUGGGGCCUGGUCUGACACCUGGGUUAGCACCAGCACGUUGGCCUGUGCCUGGAUCUGGGUCUGCUCUGAUUCCUUGGCCCAUGCCUCCAGGAGGCUGGCCCGUUCCCAGAGGCUGGCCCGAGGCCGGCACUUGGCCUUUCUGGGCCCCAGGCUUCUUCCACCCUGUCGCAGGCCCAUCUAGCCCCCUGCCCCUGCCCCAGCCCCAGCCCCCACCCCCCGGGACCCUGCCACCCACUGCAGAGCCUCAGGCAGCACAGCCUACUCCACUCCUGCCUCCACCAGCUCACCAGGCUGUGGUGGAAAGGAGGGGUCAGGAACAGCAGCAUCCCCUUGAGGCGAAGGGGGCCCCCAAGGAAGAGCCCCUCAGUAAGCCCCGGUCUGCCAUUCAGCGGAUGAAAACCACAGCUGCCAUUGCCGCUGCCGCCGCCGCUGCCUAUACCGCUGCUGCAUCCUCCGCAGCCCAGGCGGCCGAGGCCGCUGCCAAGGUGGUCAAAGACGCCCCCGCCACCAAAAUGGCCACCAAAGCGAUGACCACAGCCGCAUCCGGGCCCUUGGGGGUGUUUGCAGAUGUGCUGGGCGCCGGGGUCUCCCGUGGGGCCACCACCUCCAUGGCCUUCAGUGAGGACUCUGAAAAAGACUACGAGUUUUUCUCUCCUUCCCACUCCCUAGGCACCAUCUCGCCCUAUGGGUCCCUGUCGGUAGCUGUACUGGCUGCCAAACAGGCCGCGACCCCCGAGGACAAGAAGAAGGCGGUGAGGUAUUCCAUGAGCCACGUGGGGCAGAUUCCGGCUUUCCGGGAUGCCCUGAAAGAAGAGUUUGCCCAGCUGUCUUCCAAGCUGCAGCAGCGCUUGACUUAUCUAGCUAAUAUGGGACCCUCUUCCAAGCUUGGGACAACGGUGGACGUGUUGCAGGAAACGGUUGGCGACCUCCAGAAAUCCAGGCUCCAGGAGGAGGAACUUGAGAGAAUUUGGGGCAACCAAAUAGAGUCGAUGAAGGACCACUAUCUUGUGUUGGACAGGGCUGUGGAAAAGCUCCAGUUGCGCAUGGAUGAGUACAAGAAUAUCCAGGCUCAGAUUAAAAAAAUAGAAAUGAACAAGGUGGAUAAAAAAGUGAUGGAGCAGGAGUUGAAGGAGAAAGCCGACCGGAGCGCCCUGGCAGGCAAGGCAAGCUGGGCCGACCUGAAGACGACGGCGAUGGAGCUGAACGAGACGAUUCAGGGCUUGCUGUUCAAGUUCACAGACAACGAGUGCAGCUGGAAGAAUUCUGUGGAGCAGCUGAAUAGGGAACUGAGCACCAAGCUAGUCCAGAGUGAUCUGGAUCCCGUGAAGAAAGAAAUGGAAGAGGUCUGGAAAAUUGUCAGGAAACUGCUGAUCGAGGGCCUCCGAUUUGACCCAGACAGUGCUGCAGGCUUUAGGAAGAAACUGUUCGAGCGGGUGAAAUGCAUCUCCUGCGACCGGCCCUUACCAGUUGUUACCGGACCAAGGCAACACCUCAUCACCAUCCGCAAAGCCCACCUGCUGUCACGGCUGCGGCCCACCAGCGCCAACAGCUACGAGUACCUGCAGCGGCAGCACAUGAGGGAACAGCAGCGGCUGCAGCAGCUUCAGAACUUGGGGGACCAGGAGGAGAGCCUGGACUCCCUGAGACCCCCUCAGGACUGGGGCGAUGGCCCCCGAAAUGACGCCGGCCUCAAGCUCAAGUCAUACAACCUGUCAACACUCUAUCCCUACGGGGACCCCGAGCUGCUCGACUAUGACACGGCCGAGGUGGACAUCCUGGGCGUGGACGGGAUCCUGUACAAAGGCCGAAUGAGCAACCAGGAGGGGAUGCAGCCUGUGGCCAGCGUGGAGAAGGAGCUGCCAGCUGUGAAGGUGCCGCGGCCUCCAUCCCGGUCCCUGGACGAGCCCGUGCGCCCCGGCGCCGUCGUGGGCGCCGUGUACUCGUCCCUGUACCCCCGCAGCAGGGCCGGCACGACCUCCUUGGGCCCGCACCUGAUCAUCCCGUCGCGGCCGCCGCCCCUGCGGUCCCUGCCGCCCCUGCCGCCGCUCCCAGGGCCCGGCAGGCAGCCGGCCAGCACCCAGCCCGCGGAGGAGCCGGCGCGCCCGUGAGCCCCGCCCCGCCGGGGUCCCCUCC